AUAAAGCAGCAGCUUGGCAGCAACGGACAGUUUAACACAGCAGAUAACAGAGCUGAUAGAAUACAGACUGCCAGACUUUUUAAUAGAAGGGACACAACAUGAGAAUCCUUUUGCUUCUAGCUGCCAUAGCUGCAGUAUCCCAGGCCCAGACUGACUGCUCUCGGGGGGCUUGUUACCCGCCCAGCAAUGACCUGCUGUUGGGCAGGGCUCAGCAGCUCCAUGCCUCCUCAACCUGCGGCCUCUUCGGCUCCGAGGUCUACUGCACCCCGUACCAACAGAGGAGGAUGAAGUGUUGUCCAUGUGACUCCAGUAACCCAAACAGUAAGCUGGCCCACACUGUCCGGGACGUCCUGUCCACCUCUGGACCAGAUAGAUGGUGGCAGUCCAGGAAAGAGGUGAAUCCAGUCACUCUCCAGUUGGACCUCAACAACCUGUACCAGCUUGACAACUUGGUGCUCAGCUUCAAGGGUCCUCGUCCCAAUGCCUUUGUCAUAGAGAAGACACAGGAUGACGGCCAGUCGUGGCAGCCCGCUCUCUACUUAGCUGUCAACUGUCAAAGAGAGUUUCCCGGCAUCCCCACAACUACACCUCUAACCCUGGAUGACACAUACUGCUACACACUGCCCCCUACUGGAGCAGACCCAUACCAAGAUCACACAAUCCAAUUCAGUCCUCUGCAUCAGUAUGCUUAUGUCCCAGCUUCCAAAACCCAAAAAAUAGAAGAUGUGUCCGCGUUAACGGGGCUGAGGGUGAGGUUCACAGAGCUGGGAGAAGUGCCACGUCCUCCAGGCAGAGCUCUCAGUAGGUUUUACGCCCUGAAGGAGAUGAGGGUGAUGGGCAGCUGUAUGUGCCACGGACACGCCAACCGAUGCAUGCCCAACGCUGACAACAGCCUGCUGCCAGACAGCAUACAGGUUCACCCUCAGUGUGACUGCCAGCACAACACAGCAGGUGUGAACUGUGAGCGCUGUGCUGACCUCUACAAUGAUCUGCCCUGGAGACCUGCGGAGGAGGGCAACACCUACACCUGCACACGCUGCGAGUGUAACAACCACGCCCAGCGCUGCCGUUUUGACCAGGCGGUGUACGAGGCCAGCGGGCGGAGGAGUGGAGGUUUGUGUGAGGGCUGCAUGCACCACACCACAGGGCCAAAGUGUGACCAGUGUGCCCCGGGCUACCAGCCAAACCCCCGCAGCCGAAUGGACCGCCCCGACGCAUGCAUAAGCUGUAUCUGCAGCGCUGAGGGGACGGUGAAUGGGGGCCGGUGUGACGACAGAACAGGCUCCUGUGUGUGUAAAGUGAACGUUGAAGGCCCCCGCUGUGACCGCUGUAAGAGGGGCUACUACGACCUGAGCCCCGCCAACCCUCUGGGCUGCUCCAAGUGCUCCUGUUCUCCAGACGGGUCCCUGUCAGAUGUUUGUGACCCAAUGACCGGCCAGUGUCCCUGUCGCCCCCACUUCCACGGCCUGACCUGUGAAAUAUGUUCAAAAGGCUACUGGAAACCGUCCGUGACAGGCCGCUGCCAACCCUGCAGCUGUGACCCCACCAGGUCAUACAGUGAUACCUGUGACCAGGUGACAGGUCAGUGUCAGUGCAGACCAGGCUUUGGAGGCCUGACAUGUACCGAGUGCCCAGAGAAGGCAUACGGAGACCCGCUCAUAGGCUGCCGAUUGUGCCGCUGUGACUCUACAGGAACACUUCCACAAGUCUGCGACAAGAAGACGGGAGCCUGUCUGUGUCGGCCCGGGGUCACCGGAACUCGCUGUGACUCCUGCAGUCGAGGACAUUGUGACUCCUUCCCUGGCUGCGAGACAUGUCCCUCCUGCUUCUUCACCCUGGACGCCCAGAGACAGACCCUGAGCUUUUCUCUGGAGAGACUCUCCCUUAGAUUACCUUCUCGUCCUGUGGGUGAUGGUGAUCUUGGAAACUUCGAACCUCGCAUCCGCAUGCUGGAGGCUAGCCUGACCCUGAUCCAGAACUCCAUCUCCCUUCCACCCGGUGUUGCCAUACAGAUUGACAAUGCUCUGUCCCAACUGGACAAUCUCAGGGAACAGGUGGACAAGGUUAAAGAUGACCUUUCACCCCUGAAGAGAGUUCCUGGUCUAGACUCAGAGCUGGACAAACUGCAGGAUCUGCUGGACAGCCUCACUCUGAACUACAAAGCCAAGAAAGAUGCAAUAGAUAAUGACGGUCAAAACAAUACAGGAUCGUUUACUGCCAUCAAGAACGCCUACAAUAACUCCACAGAUGCAGCUAAGAAAGUGGAUGCCAGCGGGAAGCCGCUGAAGGAGUCAGCUGAUAUCAGAGGAGAGACUAUGGACCUCCAAAACAAAAUACAGCCAGGCAACACCAGAGACCUGGACAAACUGAACCAGAGCAUGGCCUCCCGACCCGACCUCACUCCUGUUGCCAAACAGGUCUGUGGCAGUGUUCGCUCAGAGCCCUGCACCCCUCUGCAGUGUGCGGGUGGAGAUCUCUGUCCACCAGACGGAACCCCACCUUGUGAGAAGGGUGGGGUGUGCGUGGGCGCCCUGCCUCUGAGUAAGAGGGCUGACGCUGAUGCUAAGGAUGUGAAAGACAGACUGGACAAGCUCACUGGGAAGUUAACAGAUGCUGCGGAGAAGCUCCAGGAAUCACAGGAGACAACCAACCAGGUGAGAAAGUCUGCAGAGAAGCUGUCCAAUAAGAUGAAGCAGGCCAGAGACGACCUAGAAGACGACUUGAAAGAGACGCGUGACGUUGUGAAGGCGCUCAAAGAUUUCCUGUCAGACCCGUCUUCCAACCUGACCUACAUACAGGAGGUGAGCGACUGGAUCCUGAAAGCCAAACUGCCUCUGAGGGAGAAGUUGAAUGAGCUGAACAAUCUGGCCGCCAGUCUACCAGACAGCGAGUCCGUGUUGAAGGAGGCCAAGCCGCAGCUGGACACAGCCAGGAAACUGCUGCAGGAGGCCCAAGAUGCCAGGGAUACAGCACUGGGAGUGAAGGCCGACGUGGACGGGUUGCUGGAAGGCUUCGACAUGGUGAAUGACUCCCUCUCUGACCUGGAGGACAAACUGCAGAACAGCGAGGCUCUCAUAGACAACAUUAACAACGACAUUGUCAAGGCCAAAGACCAGCUGAGCCCAGCUGAGAAGGCUCUGGAUGAUGUAUCACUACUGAUGAAGCCAAUGAAGCCUCAGCUGGACGAGCUCAAAGAACUUCUGCAGAAUGGAGGCCAGUGGGCCCAGGAUGCUCAGGAUAAUGCAGACAAAGCUGAGGAUGAAGCAGCUGCUGCAGACAAGGACCUGUUGUCCCUGGUGAAGCAGCUGGAUCGUCUUAAAGACGUGGCUCCAGCCAGUGGGUCAGGUGGAGAGGCGGUGGGGGAUCGACUGGAGAAGCUGCAGAAGGAUGCUAGAGCUCUGGGCAACACCACUGACAGCAUGAUGAAGGCUCUGGAAGGGAAGGCAGAUUCCCUACGGGGGCUGCAGGAAGAGAUCCGUCAGAAGUCAACAAAGCUUGAAGGACUUGAUGCUACGCUUAAAGACCUUUUAGAAACACUUCUAGAGGAAGCCCAUCGGCAUCGCACCUGCUCGUUUUAAGUCAUCGAGCCGCCGUCUCCGUGCAGAGCAGCAUCUGCUGCUGCUGUCACUGCAACACUUAAUACCAGCCUCCCACACCAUUCACUCCUUCUACUGGGAGAAAAACUCGACUUACGUUACUAAAGGGGGAAUUCCGUCCUCUUCCCUGGCAGUUGUCAAAGAAUUGUGGGAAAUUUAGGAAGAUAUUAUCUGGGGUUGAAUGAGCUACAGCGGCUCAGAGAGACUUAAAGCACUACUCUCAGCCCAAUCUCCAGGAAAAAAGGUUGCCAUUGUAUGUUCUUAAUACAAGCACGGAUAGGUUGAAUUUCGAUGUUUUUUUUGUUUUGGCAUUUGGUCAAAGCAAAUGGCAUAGUAUAUGGAGCCAGUCAUGAUAGUUUCGUGGUAUAAUAUAUAGAGCAUAUCAAGGGGACAAAGUCUGUUAAGGGUGCGUGGGAGGGGUGGUGGAUGAACAAACACAUGACUCUCACCAAGGAGACUGAUGUUCUGUCCUGUGUGAAACCAAAAGUAAACGUUGACUUUCGCUUGUAAUGUAACAUAUAAAAGUACAAUAAAGUUAGUUGUUAUUUAUUUAAGCUAGUUACAUUAAUACGUAGCGCUGUAAUGUUAUUUUUACACCAACCAUGAUAUUUUUUCCAGCCUUAACUAAGUAGUUUUGUUGCCUAAACCUAACCAAUGUUUCACAACGUAACCAGGUGGCAUUGUGCUUUUCUUCGAGCGUGAGACAAGGCUGACAUGGAACAUAUGAAACCUAUUUUUGGUUCAGAAACAUCGACAUUCAACAUAUCCGGUGAUUUGCAGAAACGUACAAUGCCGACAUAUUUUCUGGCAACUGUGUUGUUUCUCAUCAUCAUAAAGUAACUCCUGGAAUAUAUUGAAAAUUAGAUGUGUGUGUGUGGGGGGGAAAUCCACAAUGUGUGUAAAUACCUUUUCAAAGUACCAAUAUUAUCACAUUACAUAUAUAUAUAUUUGACAUGUGACAUAGUGAGUUUUCAUCAUGAAGCAUUUUAGAAAAGACCACAGCUUCUGACUUUCUGACAGCAAAGAGCCAACACAAACUUUUAUUUGUCAGAAGCAAAACACUCCACUGCAUUGCACCACAAUUAUUGCAUUUACACAACUGACAAAGGUUGAUAUUACAUUAUUUAUUUUCUGUUUUCUAUCGGUUGUUUGUGCAGAAUCCACAGUAUUUUAAUAAAAGCCUGUUAAUACUUUGUAAGCUUCAUUUGAGAUCCAUUCAACACAAGAAGAAUUAAGAUUUCUAACUCCAUACUAUAAUACAAAAACAAACAAUAUAUGUCACUACAAUUGUGAAUUCAGAAUCCUCCAUGGCAUCAUUAGUGUUGACAGCAUCCUUACACCAGCGUGUGGCACUUGAUGAGCAGCUUAUGUAUAGGUCACAGAAAACACUGGGCUCCAUGACUCCAAAGUAAAGUUUAAUCUCAUGAAUAAAAACAACCACCCUUCAUCUCUGUGUAAAGUGGAAAUUGGAUGUAUAAUCCAUCAUUGUAUUCCAGUAUAAAUGGAAAAAUAAUAAAACGUGUCCAGAAUUCUUCAGGUUCUACAGUCCAAACACUACAGUUAAAGGUACAUUCCCUGAUUUGGUUAUGGUGUCCAACUGUGAAUAAGAACAUUCAGUAUCUUAAAGAAGACAGAUCAUAGAAAUGACACGACUCUGAAGUUUCAGAGUCUAAAAAAGCUUAUUAGCUUUAUAAAAUGUGUCUGUCAGAAAGCCACAGCAGACAUGAAAAUGCUGAGAAGCAGAUGUGUCAACACCUUCAUAUCCAGAGGGAUGCCGUCUGCUCCGUCAACUCAAGACAAACUAAAAAAAGAUAGAUUGUUGUCAGUUACAUGCAGGCCUGAGUCAGCACUUUUUAUAGACAACAUCUAAAUUCUGACAGAAAGAGAUGAUGCUUCAUCUGCAUGAAGUUC